ACGACUAAAUAUUCCGACGCUGACGACGCGCACGUGUUUUUAAAGUCUGUGUGCGAGAGAACACCUACCACUUUGGGUGUGCUGUUGUUCCAGUGUGCCGGCCUGUUUGUCGUUGAUUGUAAUUGCUGGUUCUUAGCAGGAAAUGGGGAAAAAGUCAAAGGUGCCUAAGAAGAAGCAUGACGGGAAACCGCGCAAGAAGAAGCAGGCUGCGGAGGCUGUGCAAUCGUUUCUCGAGGACGAGUCGGAAGAGGAGGACUUCGACACCAUGAAGUUGGACGCGGCGGCGGCUGCGAACAAGAAGAAAUCGGGUGGCUUCCAAGCCAUGGGCCUCAGCCAUGCCAUUCUAAAAGGCAUCUUGAAGCGCGGAUAUAAGCAACCAACUCCCAUACAACGCAAGGCCAUACCCGUGGUGCUGGAAGGUCGAGACGUGGUGGCCAUGGCACGCACGGGCAGUGGCAAGACAGCUGCUUUUCUUGUACCCAUCCUGGAGCGACUGGGAGGCCGUUCACCUCACACGGGACCACGUGCCCUCAUACUGUCGCCUACACGCGAACUCGCUCUUCAAACACACAAGUUCGCCAAAGAGCUGGGAAAAUUCACGGACCUCCGGUCAACUGUUAUCCUGGGUGGCGACAGCAUAGAGGACCAGUUUGAGGCCAUUCAUGAGAACCCCGACCUGCUCAUAGCCACGCCUGGUCGCUUCUUGCACGUCGUCAUGGAGAUGAAUCUUCGACUCAACUCUGUCAAAUAUGUCGUUUUUGACGAGGCCGACAGGCUCUUCGAGAUGGGUUUCCAGGAGCAGCUGACCGAGGUCCUCCACCGAUUGCCCGAGGGUCGUCAGACGCUUCUCUUCUCGGCCACUCUGCCUCGACUGCUGGUAGACUUUGCCAGGGCAGGCCUGUCUGAGCCUGUGCUCAUCCGCCUCGAUGUAGAAGACAAGCUCAGUGAGCAGCUAAAGACAGUGUACGUGAUGUGCCGCAACAAUGACAAGACAGCCAUCCUGCUGCACCUGCUCAAGCAUGUCAUCAAACCGGAUGAGCUCACCUUCAUAUUUGUUGCCACCCGUCACCACGCUGAAUAUCUCCGUGACAUUCUGGAGCGCGCUGGUGUCAACUGCACAUACGCGUACAGCAGCUUGGACCAGGCAGCAAGACGCGUCAAUGUGUCCAAGUUUCAGGCACGCCAGGUGCCUGUCAUGCUGGUCACAGAUGUGGCAGCCCGUGGUCUCGACAUCCCACUUCUGGACAACGUGAUCAACUACAGCUUCCCACCUCGACCGAAACUGUUCGUGCACCGUGUCGGACGUGUUGCACGAGCGGGGCGCACUGGCACUGCAUAUUCCUUGGUUGCACCAGAUGAGGCUCCGUACCUCCUUGACCUACAUUUGUUCCUGGGGCGAGAGUUGAGCCUCUCCAAUGCCAACUCCAGUCCAGGAGAAAGCGGUCUUUGUGGCCGAGUACCUCAGGCAGUCAUUGACGAAGAGUUGGAGCUACUACGGUGUAUGCAGCAACAGUCCGUAGAUCUGCAAAACAUGGAGCGCGUCUGCAGCAAUGCCAUGAUCCAGUAUCUCAAAUCCCGGCCGGCUCCUUCGAGCGAAUCGGUGAAACGGAUGAAGCAGUACCUCAGGGAGGACCUACCGCCACACCCACUCUUCCAAGUCAAGUCAACAGAUGAAGAUACAAGAGCAAAACUUUUACAGGGCAUGAAGAAGUUCAAGCCAGCCAGUACCAUCUUUGAGAUAGGGAACACGGGCAAAAGUGCGGCGUUUGCGGUCAUGAAGAAUAAGCGGCGGAAACACGACAACCUCAUCGAACGCCUUUCGGCAAGGGGCACUCAACAGGCGGAGGAAGAGAAACCAGCCGCCAAGUGCAGCAAUGUUAGCAGCUCUGCUGUCAUGGCGGGAGAGGAAGAAAUAGGGCAAGCGUUUGCUACUGUGAUCAACAAUAACACCAAGGUGCCCAGCAGGAAAGGUGCCAAGAGUGGUGCAGCCUCCCAGUCUGCAGCCACCAAGAGCAAGAAGGCCAAGCCAGCCUCGUUCAAGGACGAGCAGUUCUACAUACCCCACUUUGCGUCAGACUUCCACUCAGAGAAAGGGCUUGAGCUAGAGAAGACCUUUGAGCAGCAGGCAUCGCAGGCAGUGCUCGACCUGACCGGGGAUGACGACAAGUACCUCAGGAAGCAGAAGAGUGCGCUCAAAUGGGACAGAAAGCGGAAGCGCUUUGUGCGUGACGACAGUGACCCCAAGAAAAAGAAAAUCAGAACUGAGAGCGGUGCCUGGAUUCCAGCAUCGUACAAGUCGGACGUCUACAAGCAGUGGAGGAAGAAGGCCCAAAUGGAUGCUCGAGACGAAGGAGGUGAUGAUGAUGAUGAGGGAGAGGCUGGCAGUGGCCUUGGAAAGCAGAAAGUUUCAGCGUGCGAUCGAUUAGGGAAGCGGCACAGCGGCCCUGCACGUCAGAAGGGCCCAAAGAAGCACUUCCGACGAGAGCUCAAGACUAAAGAGGAGAUCCUCAAGACACGGAAACGCAAGGCUCGGAUCAACUAUCACGUUAAAAAGAAACACAUGGAGCGAGCUGCCAAGAAGCGUAGAACAUGAGGGAGGGCACUGGUUGUACAAAAAAUAAAUGGUUUAAACAAUGUC